UUCUAAUGUCAUCAGUGUGGAUUUUUGGUUGGAGACGCCACAUCUCCGGCGUCCGUGAAAGCACGAGGAGGAGCACUAAGUCAACACUGUGAGAGAGAUGCCACGUGAAACUACAUGGGGGUGUUCAAGGUUGUUCAGCUAACCUCGACUAAGUGUUACAUUCCCAAGAAACUUCAUCAUAGUCCUGUCACUCUUUUGUGUCUUUCUUCUUUGGAAAACCAGACCAAAGUAUUGAGCUUUGAUCAGUGAACAUGUCCGAGGACAAGCAACCUGUGUAUGUUGGGUCUAUUGACCAAGGAACUACGAGUACCAGAUUCAUAAUCUAUGAUCGUCAAUCCCGCACAGUUGGGUCUCACCAGGUCGAGUUCAACCAGGUCUACCCAGAAGCAGGAUGGGUGGAGCAUGAUCCAAUGGAGAUAUUGGAGAGCGUGAGAGUUUGCAUGGCGAAGGCUCUGGACAAAGCCACUGCCGAUGGCCACAACAUUGACAGUGGCUUGAAGGGAAUUGGGUUGACCAAUCAGAGGGAGACCACUCUCGUUUGGAGCAAAUCCACUGGCUCUCCUCUUUACAAUGCUAUUGUUUGGAUGGAUGCUCGUACCAGUGGUGUUUGCAGAAAAUUGGAGAAAGAGUUAUCUGGGGGAAGAACUCAUUUUUCAGAGGUAUGUGGUUUGCCCAUAAGCACUUAUUUCAGUGCAACAAAGCUGCUAUGGUUGAUGGAGAAUGUCGCUGCUGUUAAGGAGGCUAUUAAAUCAGGGGAUGCCCUGUUUGGAACUAUAGACACUUGGUUAAUCUGGAAUCUAACCGGCGGUCUCAAUGGAGGGGUACAUGUCACAGAUGUAUCCAACGCGUCACGGACUAUGCUCAUGAAUCUUAAGACUCUUGAGUGGGAUCAACCCACGUUGGACACCUUGGGAAUUUGCCCUAAAAUUCUACCCAAAAUUGUCAGCAACUCUGAGAUCAUUGGAAAUAUUGCUACAGGAUGGCCAAUUACUGGGAUUCCAAUUUCCGGAUGUUUAGGGGAUCAACAUGCGGCAAUGUUAGGUCAGGCUUGCCGGAAAGGUGAGGCCAAAAGCACUUAUGGAACUGGUGCUUUUAUUCUUCUCAACACUGGUGAAGAGAUUACUAUGUCGACACAUGGGCUUCUAAGCACUUUGGCAUUCAAACUUGGACCUAAAGCUCCGACAAAUUAUGCUCUUGAAGGAUCCAUUGCUAUUGCUGGAGCCGCUGUUCAAUGGCUUAGAGAUGGUCUUGGGAUUAUUAAGAGUGCAAGUGAAAUUGAGUCAUUGGCAUCAGAGGUCGAAUCUACUGGUGGGAUUUAUUUUGUGCCUGCCUUUAAUGGAUUAUUUGCUCCCUGGUGGCGUGAUGAUGCUCGUGGAGUUUGUAUUGGUAUGACAAGGUUUACAAAUAAGGCUCACAUUGCUCGAGCAGUGCUUGAGAGUAUGUGUUUCCAGGUGAAAGAUGUGCUAGAUUCAAUGCACAAAGAUGCUGGAGAGAAGGGAGAGGUUAAGAAUGAGAAAGGAGAGUUCUUGCUCAGAGUGGAUGGUGGUGCUACUGUUAAUAACCUCCUCAUGCAGAUCCAGGCGGACGUGAUGGGCAGCCCAGUUGUAAGGCCAGCUGAUACCGAGACAACAGCUCUUGGAGCAGCCUAUGCUGCUGGAUUAGCUGUUGGUGUUUGGACUGAAGAAGAAAUCUUUGCUUCUGAAGAGAAAACAAAGACUGCCACCACUUUCCAUCCAAAGAUAGGCGACGAGUUGAGAAAGAAGAAGUUGGAAUCAUGGUGCAAAGCUGUUUCAAGAACUUUUGAUCUGGCCGAUCUUUCGCUUUGAUAUAGUUUUCUCCUCGGCUCCACAGUUAUCCUAAAUUUUAUAGCUUAUUCAAUAAAAUGUUUUGUGAAUAACAACAAUAUACUUGCUACUGUUGAACUAUUGAUAGCAUGAUUCCAACUCUUUCCGUGUAUUUUGGGCAGUAUAGAUUGAACUGAUCAUCUUUGUACAUGUCACAAGCAGUUAAUUUAUUUUCUCUGGCGUAUUUAGUAAUUUAGCCUCUGAUGCUUUAUACUAUC